AUGUCGCCAAUCACCGGAGUCGAAACCUCAGUCGCAUCUGGCACUCCUGCCACAAACUUACAAAGUCCCUCGGCCAGGGCCGUUGAAGAGAUGGAUGCAAGGCACUUGAAGACUAAGGGGCCUGCUCCUCAAGGGAAUUCCACCGGGUUAACUAAAUCCGAGGAGAACGCUAACCUCGGUAUUGCUGAUUGCAAUGCUGCCUUGGAACAUGGGUUGUGCAUUUCCACUGGCCAAGCUGGAGUGAUUUGGAAGACUGAUCAAGCAAAAGUUGCUCCAGAUGAGGCUGUUCAACAAGGAAAAGAAUCCUUGGCCCCACCAUCUAGUGGCAUGACUAAAUUGACUAGGGAUGAUGGACCUACUGGAGACAAUCCAGACCCUGGUGCAGCUUCCUUGAAGUCUCACUCAGACAUGGAUAUUGAUAAUUGUGAAGAUGUGGCUGAUGGAGCUGGCCCAAAGGAUGACUUUCAGGAUCCUUCUGGUGAUAAAAAAACUGGAAAAGACUCUGAUUUUAGGAAGGAGCAUCAAAAAACUGUUGCUUCUGCGGGGGCUCAUCUUGCGUCCUCUGGAGUGUCUACUCUUAACCCAGAGACUCUCAAAUUCAAUAAGCUUCCAAGUGAUUCAUCCCAAUCCAGCUCAGAACCAGCUGCCAAAAAGCCCAGAACUGAAAAAUAUUCAAGAGAGCUGUUCCAAUCUGCUCAGGCACCCACUUCCAGUCAAUCUGGAUUACCAAUUCAAGACUCACAAGCAUCAUUGGGUCCUCUGCAUUCUAUUCCAGUGAAAAUUGAAUCUCACAAAAAGUCUCCAUCUGAGACUAAUUCCAAGGCCCCGACUGAACCAACAACAACACCAGCCCCAUCUGCUAGUGAAUUGAAUGAAAAUUACAAAGUGGAGGAGAAGAGUUUGAAAGUGCCGGAGAUGUUUCAGAAGGCAAUCUCUUAUGAAGUUCUUUUCAGAAACCCCAAUAAUAUGCUUGCACAGCUUGACAAGCUUCAAAUGAAGACUGUACAUCUUCUCCUCAAAGAUUCUGGCUUUUAUAUCAGCAAGGAAAUUCAUGAUUUUAUGAUUCAAAUUAUUGGCUGGAAUGUCAACAAUUACCUCAACCACGGUGGCUAUAAAAUUAAUAGCUUCAAAAUCCAAAAUGCAUCUGCAAAUUUGGAUGAGAUAAACCAGUCUGUGAAUAAUAAAGGAUUCUCAUCCGUAAUCAGAUCAUGUCCAAGGCUUCUUCAGUUGGAUGGCGGGGAUCCAUUCUUUAAGAAAGAUGUGGUUAACUUUGACAACAUUGCAAAGUUGGGAAUAUUUAAGGACGAGAGGAACACGGACGGUUCAUGGAAAUGUCUCAUUGGUCUAAUGAUUCGUUCUUCCACAAGCACCAAUGAGAUCUAUCACGACAAGGAGACUGGAUUCAAAUUAGCAGUUAACUGCAUCCGCUCUCUACUUUGGCAUUGCUUGAAUCCCAUAGACACCAACACCUGCAUCCAACCAGAAACCCAGACCACCUCUUCUCAAAAUGGAAUUGAAGAAGCCCUCAAGUUUGUGAUUUUAAAGUGCCGUGAAUUUUCUUCAAAAUUCAGCUCGACCCCAGCAAUCAAAGGAAACGGACUUCAUUUCCUCAAAAAGCGCAUUUGGGAGACUCUGACGUCAAUCCUCCUCACACAUUGCUCUGCAAAUUCUCCUCAUUGUGAAAGAUACUGGACAAGACAAAACAAUGGAAAUCAAAGAAAGAAUUCCAUGAAGAAGGAAGUUGAGCUCAAAGACCUCUACAGGAAGAUUGGAUUGGACGUCACCACAGAAAAUUGGGGAAGGAAACGUCAGGCGGCUCUUGGUUCUGCUUCUAUCUUCUUGGCUUUUGGACCUGUUGGUUGGUGGACCGGUUUCACCAACACCAACAAUUAUAACCUCAAGAGUGUUUAUGGCCUAAUCAACCUUGCACGCCACAAGCACACCUACCUCAAAAAGAAUCCCUCAAGGUGUAACAAUUCCAACCCUUUCAACUCAAAUCAUCCCUGGUCAAACGUUCAAGCUCUUGUCUACUCUUGCCUUGAAGACCUCAAAUACCAUCUGGAUAAAUCUGAACAAGAAAAGGACAUUGACUGGGAAAAUGUUAUGGAGGUCUGGGGUAGAAAAUUGUCUGAGGAGGCAAUCUCACAGGCAGCACUGAUUGAUAUUAUCUCUGAGAUUUCUUUCCCUGGGAAGUCUUUGUCUUGGGAGGGUGUGGAGGCUAAAAGUAUUGUGCUCCACAACAAUAAUUUCACAGAAGACCUACGCCACAAAUGGAAAGAAUUCAUGCGCCUGGGUAUGGAGCUCUCUCCAAUUGAGACACCUGAAGAGGAUGCAGCUAAAGAAACAUCUACCAAAACUUAG